UUCGCGGAGUGGAGGCGUUUUUUCCGCUUGUUUCCAAACACAGUGAGGAGCUCACCGGGACCGGAAUCCGUCCGGUUUAUUAGGAAAAGUGUUUUUUUAACGCGGAGGUUUGAUCCGAGCUGUCGCCGACGUCUUAAAUCUGAUGUUCGGACACUUUAAUGUGAAAGAAGCAGCGGCGGCCGUUUCCGUUCAGCCCCGUCCAUCAGUCAGAGCCGUCCAACAUGGGACGGGAGCUCUCGGUUUUCACGCUUCUGUCCGUUUUUAGCGUUUUCACGGAGGCCGCCUCCUCCCCGCCCGCCUCGGAGCCGCGGGAGUACGACUCCCUCCGCUCGAUGCUGGACGACUUCGACGUGCUGCCCCUGUCCAGCCUGCAGACUCACUCCAUCCGCCGCAGAGACGCGCAGACUCACACCCACGUGGAGAAGAGGCUGAGCUUCGACGCCCUGCACAGGCGGUUCACACUGUACCUGAGGACCAACGACGAGCUGUUCACAGCCGAUUUCAGAGCUGUGGUCGUGGACGAGGACGGUCGAGAGCGGAGCGUCACGGUCAACAGACACAACUACUUCACCGGACACGUCAUCGGGGAGGAAAACUCUCGGGUUCAGGCUCAUAUCGACGACCACGAGUUCUCAGCUCACAUCCUGACCGACGAGGCAGAGUACAACAUCGAGCCUCUGUGGAGGUUCACCUCGGCGCCUCCAGAUGGUCGUCUGCUCAUCUACCGCUCAGAGGACAUCAGGAACCUCAGCCGUCUGCACCAGCCUUCGGUCUGUGGCUACGUGACCUCCGACCCCAGCCACCUCCUCCCUGACAGCAUUAGACCGGACACGUUGGAGGACCAGGAGGAGGACGCGUCUGUGUUCAGAGCCAAACGUCAGGUCCACGACCACAGGAAGAACACCUGUCCUCUGCUGCUGGUGGCCGACCAUCGCUUCUUCAAACACAUGGGCCGAGAGGAGGAGAGCACCACCCUCAACUACCUGAUCGAGCUGAUCGAUCGAGUGGACGACAUCUACAGAAACACGUCGUGGGACGAGGAGUUCACAGGUUACGGUGUUCAGAUCCAGCAGAUCAUCAUAGAGAAGAGACCGACCCCUGUGGCUCCGGGAGAGAGUCACUUCAACAUGAGAGGAAGUCCAGUGAAGGACAGAGACGUGUGGGACGUAAAGAAGCUGCUGGAGCAGUUCAGCGUGGACAUCGCAGAGAAAGCCUCCAACGUCUGCCUGGCUCACCUCUUCACCUAUCAGGACUUUGAUGAAGGCACUCUGGGUCUGGCCUACGUCGCCCCGUCCAAACCCGACAUCCCCGGAGGUCUUUGCUCCAAAGCGUGUCCUUCAUCUACAAACGAGCAAAAAACGAUUUACCUCAACACGGGUCUGACCAGCACUAAGAACUAUGGGAAGACCAUCCUGACUAAGGAAGCAGACCUGGUGACGACUCACGAGCUCGGCCAUAACUUCGGAGCGGAGCACGACCCCGACAACAUGCCAUUCUGCGCCCCCAGAGAGGACCAGGGGGGCAAAUACGUCAUGUACCCCAUCGCUGUGAGCGGAGACCACGUCAACAACAAGCUCUUCUCCAUCUGCAGCAAACGCUCCAUCGUGAAGCGUCUGAGGUCGAAGGCUCCGUCCUGCUUCAAGGAGAGGAACAUCAACGUGUGCGGGAACUCUCGGGUGGAGCAGGGGGAGGAGUGUGAUCCUGGACUGCUGCACAUCAACUCAGACCACUGCUGCACCGCCGACUGCAGGCUGAGGCCCGGAGCCCAGUGCAGUGACAGGAACAGCGCCUGCUGUAAAAACUGCAGGUUCGAGUCCGCAGGUGAAGUCUGUCAGGAGCCCAUCAACGCCACCUGUAAAGGACACUCCUACUGCACAGGAAACAGCAGCGAGUGUCCUCCUCCAGAGAACGCUCCAGAUAAAACGGUGUGUCUGGACAGGGGGGAGUGUCUGAGUGGAGAGUGCGUCCCUUUCUGUCAGGCCGCGUUGAAGCUGCAGCCCUGCGCCUGCAACGAAACCAACUCGUCGUGUAAGGUCUGCUGUCGGAGCAGCAGUGGCGUCUGCGCCCCCUACCAGGACAAGACCGGCAGCUUCCUGUCCCUGCGUAAAGGCAAACCGUGCACCGUGGGAUUCUGUGACGGAGCGGGGAAGUGUAUGAAGCAGGUUCAGGACGUGGUGGAGCGUCUGUGGGACUUCAUCGAUAAACUGGACAUCAACACGUUCGGGAAGUUUCUGGCGGACAACAUCGUGGGCUCAGUGGUGGCUUUCUCCCUGGUCUUCUGGGUCCCGUUCAGCAUCCUGGUCCACUGCGUGGACAAGAAGCUGGAUAAACAAUAUGAACAGACCACCAAGUCUCUGUUCUUCCCCAGUAAUGCCGAGCUCCUGAGCAGCCUGGAGUCUGCGUCUGUUCGGAUCUUCAAACCUCCGAACUUCCCCGCCACGGCUGCCGCCCCCCUCCGUUUCCAACAGUGUGGCCCCCAACAGACCAGCACCCCUCCGGUCUCCAGCGCUGAUCUGGCUCCUGGUCCCGGUCACGUCCCCCCUGCUCUGGACAGCCCCCGCAUGGCCACCAUCCAGGAGGACCCCAGUCUAGACUCCCACCUGGAUGAGGAGGCUCUGGAGGAGGCGUUCGGGCGUCCGGGGGGGUCGGCUCAGCGCUCCUUCGAGGAUCUGACGGAGAAAUGCGUGACGAGUCGCAGCGAGAAGGCGAAGCUGUUCCGACUGCAGAGACAACAUCAGAUCGACACCAAGGAGACGCAGUGCUGAGGGGCAGGUGGACUUCCUGUCAGACAUCAGGUGGACUUCCUGUCAGACAUCAGGUGGUUUGUCCUGUUCCGGUCCUCGUUUACAGUUUUACAGCUUUUUGAACUGGCUCUGCUGCACUGUGGUCUGAUCUCACAGGUGUGACGGUGUCAUGUCUUCCAGGCGUGUCCUGUGUGGUCAUACCUCGGUUUCAGAACGCCACCCGUUCACUUCAGGAUCCGUCCUCAUCAUGUCUCUUAAAUUACAGGGUAGAUAAAAUGUUUGCGUCCGUUGUAUCGUGGAAGCCCAAACCGUGUCGUCUUCCUGAAGCUGCUGGAUGUUAAACCUUUUCUGGUACUGAUCAGACGCGUCCUGACCUUCACACUGUCGGACGCUUCGGUCGACUUUCAUCAGGUAACGAAAUUCGGUGCUUUGAAGUCCGCAGGUGGGACGGUCCAAUGCUCGAAAACAGCUGUUGUCUGUGGUUCAGACGUUCAUGGUCCCCUCAGGAUGAACUGUAGUGACUCUGCUGAUCCUCUGACUUCUCCUUUAGCGCCACCAUCAGGUCACAUUUUAAUCUGUCCAGUACUGUUUGAGUCGACACCAGCGUUGGAUCAGCUGCUACAGGUGAAGAGUAGCACACAGGUUCACAGGUGUGGAGACUCUCAGUGAGUUAAUGACAUCCUGGCUCUGCCCUGUUUAACUUCUCUGUUUCAUUCCUGUAUUUUCUGUUUUAUUCACGAUUCUUUUUUCACCGUGUUGUAUUUGUAUAGUUUUAAAUUCUGAACCCUUCGGGCCUCCGUAUCUUAGAGUCAAGAACAUGAUAAAGAAGAUGCAUCAGAUUGGCCGACAGCAUCAUGUGAACGUUAGACAAACCAAACGUUAAACCUUCGGGUGUUUUUAUUUUACAGUGAUGGACGGUUAUUAAAAGCUUUGGAAAUAAUACGGAGCUGCAAACAUCUGUGGCUUCAUCACAUCUGCAACACAAGUGCCAAAGAUCUGAGGCGUCAGCUUCAACAUCACAGUCCAGUGUAAAUAUUAACGGUAACGGUAACGGUAGGAGGCCGUGGCUGUGAAAGGCCUAACGACGCACAGGCAGCCAAAUCCUCACCAAUGUUAUUUAUGUAUGUGUCACAGAGGUCAGAGGUCACACACACACACACACGGUUUUAAGACUCAAAGUUUUUCCGUUUUACGAGUCAGUGUCUCUCUGGGAAUUGAACCCCUGACUCUGACAUUGUUAGUGCCUUGCUCAAGCCACUGAGCUACAUAAGACUUUGUAUGUAUAUUUACACAUUUAUGAAACAUGCAAACGUUUGUGCUGCAGGAACGAUUCAUAUCUCACUGUGAGCCCACUGAUCAGCUGACUGACAGAAGAUUGAUCCAUUAUUUAAAUCAAAUUUCAAACAGUAACUGAUGAAAAUGUGACAGUUGCAGGUUCUUUGUUUUCCAUUAUAGUGAAGUGAAUAUUAUCUUAAAGCGACAUGUGAUGGUUUGUUUGACAGUUUUUAAUGUUUUAUAAACUAAACGGUUAAUCAAAGAAUAACUGGCAUAUUAAUCAGUGGCAGAAUCCAGAUGUACCUGCAGCUGUUACAGACAGAAUCAUAAAAACAUAAAACACCCUGUUACAUAUUUCAUCAAGUUUUACUUUUAAAGUGAAAACUGUGAUGAAAUCACUGAGAUCUGUGUCGUUCUGAACACUUCAUCUGGUUUUUCUUGGUGUGAAUGAGCUUCUGAGGGUUUAAGUUUUCGUUUGUAGAAAAUAGAAACAUGAGAUUUUUCUUCUUUUUGUGGGGGAUGAACAGAAACCGCACUGACACAAAAACCAAAGUUAAAGCAAACUUCAGUCAGUGUUUCAGCUCGCGUCACUGGGAGAAGGCUCAGGCUGUUUAGGUUAGUUUCUGUUUAGUCAGAUUUUUGUGCUCGAGUCUCGUGUUCAGACGUCUUUGUUUUUUAAAGCGUGCCUUCUCUUCCUGUGGUAUUCAGACGCACUGGUCAGUAUUUUUCAGAGUGUGUGUUGAGUCGUGGGCUCUGUGAUGUUUCUGUGUAGUUCGAUGCCGACGAUCGCUCGUAUGGAUCCGUGUAAAGGUCUGACUGUGACGUCUGUAACGUCACUGUGCUGUUUCAAAAUAAAACGUUUUACUGUGUUUAAAUCUCAACGAGCAGAAAUGAUUCUUACGAAGUUUUAUGGUUGACAGGAACAUUUUAAAGCUUUUCAGAGCUGAAACAGGUGAUCGAGUCGUUUCUGAAGCACAUUUGUCUGCAGUUUCUCUGACGUGAUGAUUUUCUGCUUCUGUGUUUUAUUUCACAUUAAACUGAACAUUUUGUGGGU